AUGAAGACCUUCUUCACCCCUUCAGGCGCUCUCACGCUCGCAGCGCUGGUGAGCUGCGUGAACGCCCACGGCUACAUCUCCAAGCCCAAAGCGUCGUACAAGCCCAACACCAUCUACACGACGUACAACGGCCUCACUGGCGCCAGUGUGAACAAGGGCUUCGACGGUGGCGUCUACAACCAUGAACCGGAGAACAACGCCAAGCAGUUUGCGGAGCACUGGCAGGCCACGGGGUACAAGUCCCUUCGCGAUAUGAUCGACCCCAUCUCGCCUGGUUACGGCAAAUCGCUCGACACGGCGACCCCGAUCGAUGUGAGCAGCUACAACGAAAUGUGGUGGCAGAACGACGAGUACAAGGAGGGCUUCCUCGGCUCGCACCACGGCCCCUGCGAAGGCUGGAUCGACGACACCAAGGUUUUCCACUACGACGACUGUGUCGCCAAGUUCCCGUCGUACCCGGCCAAGAUCCCCGUCGACUACUCGGCGUGCAAGGGUGACAAGUGCCUGUUUGUCUUCUACUGGCUGGCGGUCCACUCGCCCGAAUGGCAGAUCUACAAGCAAUGCGUCCCCAUCUCGAACGGAGGAUCUGGUGGUGGUGGCGAGGUGGCUGGCGAGGCUUCUACCUCUGUGCAGAUGACACCUGAGGCCUCCACGCCCGACGCAGCUACAGCUGCGCCUCUGACGACGGACUUCACUCAGGUGGACGCGACGCCGGCCCCGGAAAGCACUCCCGCCGCUGUCUCAACGAUGGGCACGACGCCUGCUACUGGCUCGUGCAAGCGCCGCAUGCGGAGCUAA